AUGACCACUGCCGACAAAACGAUAACUUUCCUACCCGAGGACUGCCAGUACGGCACCACGGCCGAAGACGCACCUUUCGUCAUCUCGGCAAGGAUCAGAAUAGGACUGGUUCGAAGAAUACCGGUGGACACCGGUGCAGACUCCAACAUCCUCUUCCGAGGAGCCUUCGACAAGCUCGGGCUUCGCAAUGAAAAUCUCCAAACCUACCGCAACAGCGUCACGGGACUCGGAGAAAACUUCUUCAAACCGGACGGUUCCAUCACCCUCCCCCUCACCAUAGGGACAGGCAACCAAAGGAAGACAAUUCUAUCCGAAUUUGUGGUCCUAAAAGACUCCACCGCCUACAACAUCAUCCUCGGAAAAAAAACAAUCAAGGACUUCUCGGCCAUCAUCUUUACCAAAUACCUCUUUAUGAAUUUCAUAACGGAGGACGGCUCCGUCGGAAGUAUCCACGGAGAUCGGGAAGUCGCAGCAAAAUGUGACAAUACCAGCCUAGCCUUACGGAAGAAGUCUUGCGACGCGGCCAGGAUAUUCUUCGCCGACCUGGACGCCCGACAAGACGACCAGCCUAGGCCAAAGCCAGAAGGCGACAUGGAAAGCUACAAAUAG